AUGGAAAGGAAGUGCUCACAUUGUGGCAACAUAGGCCACAACACAAGAACUUGCAGCGCCUCAAUAGCCCCACUCGAUAGUGGUGGCCAUCGACUCACACUCAGACUCUUUGGGGUCCAAAUUGAUGUCUCCUCAAAUUCAAAUUCAAAUUCCUCUUCUCUGCCUCCCAUUAACAAAAGCAUCAUCAGCUUGGAUUGCUUGUCCAUGUCAACACCCGUUUCAUCUUCUUCGUCUUCAUCACAAUUCCCCAUGGCCGCUGAUUAUUGUUGCUCGUCUGAUGCUCCCUUGGCCCAAGUUCCCGACAGAAACAAAGCUCAGUCGUGCUACAUUGGUGUAGGAGUUCCAUGGACAGAGGAAGAACAUCGAAAUUUCUUAAUCGGACUUGAACAGCUAGGGAAAGGAGAUUGGAGGGGCAUUUCAAGAAAUUUCGUUACAACAAGGACCCCAACGCAAGUUGCUAGCCAUGCCCAAAAAUAUUUUCUUCGGCUGGCGACCCUCAACAAGAAAAAGCGCCGUACAAGCCUUUUCGACAUGGUAAAACUUUGA